CACUGUGCCGUGCUUUGGGAUAGCGGUAGCUGUAGCAGCGUAGUGUGCACUCCUACGCUAUUUACCACUAUUUACCUCCCGCUCUUCUCAUGAGGCUGGGUUUGCAGCAGUUUAUAGCAUGGCAUUUUCUUUACUCCUAUCAAAGCUGUCGAAACUAUCAGACGCUACAGCAAAUAUUCUGCGUACCUUAACUUUCCCUGUACACCAUCCCGUUCCGGCUCUAUGCGGUCUGGAUGGCCUGCAGCCCCGAAGUGACCGCGGUCAAAAUCUUCCAGAGUGUGAUGAUGGGUUUCUUUGGGCUGUACCGCACAAAAGACGUACUGUAGAGCGACGCGCCUGGAGACGUAUCGGCCAUCCCUACUACAUCGUCAAGCAGAAGAGAAACAUUCGCACUUGCGAUAAGUGCGGCCACUUCCAUCUGACGCACACAAUAUGCGGAAACUGUUACGAGAAGGUGAAGCAAGAGACAGAACUCAUGAAGGAGGCGAUAGAGAAAGAACUCAAGCUGGACCCUGUGGAGAAGGAGGUCGUGGUGUUGUACAACGACGACCCAAGAGACGAGAAGCACAGUGAAGACAGAAUCGUCGAAAUACCCCGACAGAGGCCGCCGUGGUUCAGUCGAAACCUGUUAACUAAGGCGUACGCCCCACUACCUCGAGACAGGGAAUGAACGCUGUAGUACGUAGCUGUGCUUUUGAUUAAAUGUUACGAGUUGUUUGC